AUGCAUCUCAACGAUUCCCUCAAGCGCCUGUUCUCGCGAUCAUCAACCUCCCUAGGCAAAUAUCUCCCACCCUUGAACUUUAUCACCCUUCAUUAUGUCUACUUCAUUGUUAUGUGUCUUAUCAGCUCGGUCAUCUUCUGGGGAUCGUCCGAUCCGGCCUUCAAGGUUAGCUACACCGACAGCCUUUUUCUCGUAGUGUCUGCUAUGACCGAAGCUGGGAUGAACACGGUCAACCUCAGUCAGCUCACGACAUGGCAACAAACCAUCCUGUUUCUCCUACUUCUGCUAGGUAGCACCAUUUGGGUCUCCAUCUGGACUGUCUUGGCGCGUAAACAUGUCUUCGAGAACCGCUUCAACGAAAUUGUCCGAGCGGAACGCGCGCGCAAACUCAGUCGUCAGGGUAGUAGCUUGUCAUUGGCUAUGCCGCGCCUUCCACUGAACUUACCCAAGUUCCAUUUGACACUCUCAUUCGGCAAAGCUCAGACCGAACCAAAUGCUGCUGAUAUUGCCCCCUAUUUUCGGCGGACAACGUCAAUGCCCAACAUCGAAUCUCGAGACAAGAACACAAACAAAGACGUCGAUGAGGUACUUGAAUCUCAAAACCCGGGUCACAUCACAUUUGAUGAUACACCUCAUCCGAAUGCUGCUGCCGACCACGCUGCCUCGACAGGUGUUUCACUCCAUGACGACGGAGCACCGCGUCCAUCGAGGAGGGUCAACAUUGAGUCGGCCACGGACUCGGCUGAUGUUGACCUCGACGCUCGCCAUUUCUUGAAGUACCACUUAGCUAGUCGCAACGGCCAGUUUCAUGGUCUGAGCAGCGCUGAACGCGACCAUCUUGGCGGCUGCGAAUACCGUGCUCUUAAAGUAUUGGCUCUUUUGGUGCCGGUGUAUUUCUUUCUUUGGCAGAUUCUAGGUUGCCUUGGUCUCGGAGCCUGGAUGAACCAUUAUAUGCCCGAUACCGCAAAAGCCAAUGGAAUCAAUCCAUGGUGGCUCGGUAUAUUCAACGGCGUCUCGGCCUUCAAUAACUCGGGGAUGUCCCUUCUGGAUGCAAACCUAAUCCCUUUUCAGGGCGCUUACUACGUCUUGAUCACCAUGGGACUGUUGAUAUUAGCUGGAAAUACCGCCUACCCACUCUUCCUUCGUCUUAUCCUCUGGUCAUCUCUUCGCCUACUAAAUCUCGCUACGCCCCAGGACGCCUUCACCGAGCUUAAGGCUACACUUGAGUUUAUCCUGAAAUAUCCUCGACGAGUUUACACGAACCUAUUUCCAUCACGACCAACCUGGUGGCUUUUCUUCAUGUUACUCUGUCUCAACUGCGUGGACUGGGUUGCGUUUGAGAUUCUCAACCUUGGAAAUCCAGUUAUAGAGAGAAUUCCUACCGGGUUUCGCGUACUGGAUGGUCUGUUCCAGGCCUUGGCUGUACGAUCUGGCGGCUUCUAUGUCGUGCCUAUUUCCGGACUAUUCAUCGGCUUGCAACUACUAUAUGUGAUCAUGAUGUAUAUCUCGGUAUAUCCUGUUGUGAUCACGAUGCGUCACUCCAACGUCUACGAGGAGCGAUCGCUAGGUAUUUACAGUGAUGACGUGUCAUCCCCAUCUGAAGAAGACCCGGAAGGCGCCAUGUCCUUGCUGUCUAUAGGAAGUCGCCCGCCAACCCUCGCUCGCACCACUAGCUUUGGUGGAGCGUCAGCGCGACCCUCUGUGUUGGCUCGUCGCUUAAGCCGUCGCAUCAGUUUCAUCAGCCAGCAAGUACGUGGACAGCUAGCCCACGAUCUCUGGUGGCUAGUCUUGGCAGUGUUGAUUAUCACGAUCAUCGAGACGUCAAAGUUCAAUCAGGAUCCUGUCACGUUUUCCGUUUUUAACAUUAUUUUUGAAGUGGUGUCAGCUUAUGGUACAGUCGGAAUAUCCGUCGGCAUCCCGACGGACGCUUACAGCUUUUGCGGCGCAUGGCAUACAGGCAGCAAGCUAAUAUUAUGUCUUGUCAUGCUGCGCGGUAGGCACCGUGGGUUACCUGUUGCGCUGGACCAUGCGGUGAGACUUCCAGGACGGCAUCUUCAUCAUGAAGAAGAGGAGGACCAUCAGAUACGGCGGAGUAGAACACUUAAUCUUGAGCGAUAA